AUGGCGGCUCCUUGGCUUUUCUUCCUCUUCUCUUUCCUCACCAUAACUUGUUCAUCUCUAUCAACCAAACCUAACGCCAUCAAUGUCACAAAUUUCCCGGCUUCAUCAUUUGGGGAUGAUGAUCCAUGGCGAGGUAUGCUCGAUCCCCCAGUCGCUUCAUCUAGAACCAGAUCGCGCCACCUCAUUUCUCCUACUCUACAAAUUUCCCGGCUGACGAAUCCGCAUCCAGCCCUUUGCGCGGCUCUCAUAUUCCAGCUCACGUGCAAGCUGGGUCACCAUUCAGAUGGCAAGACCAUCGAGUGGCUGCUCCGAAUGGCCGAGCCAUCCAUCAUCGCCGCCAUGGGAUAUGAGACCAUCUCGGAAGCUGCAUCCACCUCUUCCCCCGCACUUGCUUCCUCUUCUCACUCCAUGUCAUGCUGA